AUGAGACAACUGUGGUUCGAAUGGCCAAUAGGAAAGCUGGGCACAGACACUGGCCAAGCAGAUCAGAACCCACGAAAGAAGUGCUCAUACCACGACGAGCUCGGUCAUUACACAACCGCAUGCGCACCAUACAAAGCACUAUUGGAGCGUUUGGCAGCACAAAGCCAUCUCGAUCAGUACAUUGAUCAAACCAAAACACCCCCCCAUCCACCUGCUGGCAAUCCCAACCCAAAUGAACUGCGAUCGUCGAUACACGUUAUUCACGGCCCCGUGACAAAGGAAUCUGAAUCCAAUCUUUGGGUCGACCUCAAUCGUGCAUCCACUUCCAAGCAGGUAAUCGCAGUAGUACCUGGAUCCAAACGUCUACGACCAGAAGAGUUACCCAAAUGGACAAUAACUUUUACUGAGUGCGAUCUCGAACAUGUGCAAACACCACACUCCGACGCCCUCGUCCUAACUGUCCAAAUUGGAGUACAUGACGUCAAGCGGGUUCUAAUCGAUCAGGGAAGCUCGGCGGAGGUCAUGUACUAUGACUUGUUCAAAAAGCUUGAUCUCUCAGAGUCAGCUUUGCAACCCGCCGAAGUACCCCCUCAUCGGAUUUAA